UUGCCUUUUUGGUUGUCAGUUUGUCUUUCUCUUCCUCGUCAGUAUGGACACCCAUUUUAGUAAAAGUGCCAAAUUUUUGCUUCAACUGGUGAUUGUUCUCAAUAUGGAAUACACCCAACGAGCCUGCACUCUAGAAAAAAGUUCAGAUUUUUUUGGAUGCUUCAUGAGAAAUUUUGAUUCUUGAUUCUUCUUAGUUCUGAAGCAUGCUUGAUUAGUAGAAAGGAAAUUGCAGGGAAAGAAAGUUCUGUGGCAAAAGUAAGCUAUAUAGUGACUAUUGGUAUGUAUAUUCAGAUACUUCUUUUCAGCUAGCUUUCAUGGUGGAAAAAGAAAAAAAAAUGGGAAAUGCUAAGCGAUGAUGUGCUUUUUAGAAAUGAUGCGUGUAGAGGAGUUUUACUUUGGAAAGUUGUGGUUUUGAAGCCCAAGAAGCAAAAGAAAGGGGUGAAGGACAGUAAAAGGUAGAAGCAUGCCAACAGUUUGGUUCUCUUUGAAGAGAUCUCUACAUUGCAAAUCAGAGCCAUCAGAGGUUCAUGACCCAAAAUCGACAAAGCAUAUGAGUACAAUCUUGACGAGAAAAGCAGGAAGGUCUGGGUGUUCAAGGUCCAUAGCAAAUCUCAAAGAUGUCAUACAUGGAAGCAAAAGACACAUGGAGAAGCCACCAAGUUGUAGUCCAAGAUCCAUUGGAAGCAGUGAGUUUCUUAACCCAAUUACCCAUGAAGUUAUUUUAAGUAACUCAAGGUGUGACCUCAAAAUCACUGGUUUUGGUGGGCUUCAAGAAGGGGCUGGUAGUGGUGUUAUUAGUCAUGGUAACAGCCAUAAUGGUGUUAGUGGUGGUAGUAAUGGCCCUGUUGGUUCAACUUUUGUUGGUACUUUACGACAAGGAACCCCAGGACCUGGAGGACAUCCUACAAUGCACUAUUUCAACCCUUCGAUUAGGAACACAGGUACUCCUCCAAGAAAGUCUCAUUUUCUUUUAUCGGACAGAGAACGGCCUGGAUUUGGAGGUUCUGGUAUAUUUGGUGCUGGUGGACAUUCAGGCAGUAGGGUCUCUCUUGAGACAAAGUUUAAUGGUUCUUCUACACUCACUUGCCAUAAAUGUGGAGAGCAGUUUAACAAAUGGGAAGCUGCUGAAAAUCAUCAUCUCUCCAAGCAUGCUGUCACCGAACUUGUGGAAGGUGACUCAUCACGAAAAAUUGUUGAAAUCAUAUGCCGAACGAGCUGGUUAAAGAGUGAAAACCAUUGUGGUCGAAUUGAAAGAGUGCUGAAGGUUCACAGCAUGCAAAAAACUCUAGCACGAUUUGAAGAAUAUAGAGAGAUGGUGAAAAUUAAGGCCAGCAAGCUCCCAAAGAAGCACCCUCGGUGCAUGGCUGAUGGGAAUGAGCUUUUGAGGUUUUAUGGCACGACUGUUGCAUGUUCUCUUGGCGUAAAUGGUUCCUCAAGUCUAUGUGCAUCUGACAAAUGCUGUGUUUGUCGAAUUAUUCGAAAUGGGUUUUCAGCCAAGAAGGAGCUUAAAGGUGGAGUAGGUGUGUUCACAACUUCAACCAGUGGACGAGCUUUUGAGUGUAUUGAAAUAUUUGAAGAUGAUCCAUGUAUAAGGAAAGCUUUGAUAGUAUGCAGAGUGAUUGCUGGCAGGGUCCAUAGGCCUUUGGAGGAUAUACAAGAAAUAUCUAGCCAAACGGGAUUUGAUUCUUUGGCAGGGAAGGUUGGUCUCUAUUCAAAUAUUGAGGAGCUUUAUCUGCUCAAUCCUAAAGCUCUGCUUCCUUGCUUUGUGGUAAUCUGCAAAUCCUGAAGAAAAGAAAAACGAAAAUGCUUCCAUUACAUUAUGAAGAUAUGUGAAUCCCUUUUACACUUUUGUUUAGAGGAGUUCUUCUUGAAUCUUAUGUCUGAAGAACUAUGAUUCUUCUUUCAAGGUUACUGUUCCUUGUCAGUAUAUCAAAUUUUGUGAUUCUUAGUUUAGUUGUAUCUGCCCCUCAACACAUUUGCAUGUCUCAUGCUACUGUAUUUCUUCUUCUUCAUUUAGGUUUUUGUGUUUUAAUGAAAAAAUGAAUGAAAAUGUUUAUGCUACCUUGUCCAUCAUUGGAGUUUUAACAUUAACAGAGUUUUUAUUCUCGUUACUUGCUGAUUAGUAGGUAGUGACAGAUUCAGGAUUUGGGACGCAUUUACUAAGAAAUAAAUUAGUAUAAAUGAGGACCUAAGUUACUUUGAAAAAACAUCUUAACAUGGAACUGUAUGGGUGAAUUUAAGAUCGAAUACUUUCAAGUAAUUCAGGAAUUUAGGAAAACAUUCUGUCUGAUAAUUAAAUGAUGAACAUUUGAAUCCUGUAUUGUAGCAUCAGGUAGCCCCAAAUGAAAAGGUUACACAGAAUUUAUGAGCUUGCAGGUAAAUUUGAAAUGUACUUGAGGUUGCGGACUUUUCCAUGAUUUAUAUGCCAGCGCAUUAAUAUUUGAAAACUUCAAAGUCUUGCACACAUGCAUCAAAAUCUCUAGACAAAAUAAAUCCAUUUGUUUAUGUUAAUUUAUCAAGUGAUGCCUCACUUGAAAACAAAGUUAAAGAAUAAUCAAAUAAAUCAUGCUCAGACUCCAUUUUAUAUAUUUACAGGGAGGAUCACGGGCCCAUCUUUCCUCAGCAGAAAUUAGUGAGCUUAUGGAUAGAAUAUGUGAUGUGAAGAUGUGCAUUCUUACAAGAAUGAUAAAUUUUGUUGUCCACUAGCAUUUUUCGGUACAAAAACUGCAUGUGGUCCUUGUUGGCGGGCUGUGCAUGAAACAAAGGUUAGGGCAAAACCAGCAGACAAAAAUCUAGAAUGAUUACUGUACAGUUAGAUUUAUUUUGUCUCUUAUAUUCACAUCCCAAUUUGAAUUUGUGCUGUAAAUUCUUUGAUCAGGUUACUCUUUCUUCUGGAGUUUCUCGUAGAUCCUCAGGUUGAAAAAGCAGCUAAUGUUAGGGCCCCAUUUCUCUCUUAUUUUAAAAAUGGUGACUUUCCAGUUGCAUUUAUAAGGUAUACUCAUUUCAUUUCCUUUCUGCAACAUUUGUUAAGCUAUAAAUGCUGGCACAUGCACCUCAUAAAUGUACCCCAAUCGAUGCCGCACUUCUUUGACAUUAUGAUUCCAGAAAAAUGAAUGGAAUUCAGUUUUCAGUCUUAAAUAUUUGCGGGAGGGAGUAGUUUGAGAUCAGAUGAACACAAAUUAAAGAUUUUUAAUGCAGUUGAUGUGGCCCCUGUGAUUUGGACUCAUCGUUUGGUAGGAUUCUACCUGCUGAGCUAUGUUCAGAUUAGGGGUUGCUACUACGUCGAUAUCGGCCUGGUGAUUUGAUCAUAGCAGUUUUUUUUUUUAUAUUCUUAUAUUCAAAUCUAAUAGCUGUACUAACAUCGGGCAUUUUACCAUGCUGACAUUCUUAACUCUCCCUCAGAUUAGGUCAUUCUCAUGUAGAAAACAAUGGCAGCAUCGGCAAAAUACCAAUGCCAAUAGAACCAUUUUAUUUGAAUUUA